GCUUCAACCAAAAAAACAGCCGCAAACCUCCGCAAAACGCUCAAAAUCGAAUGCUCCACCAUCCUCUCCAACCCUUCCAUCCGCGACGCCCUCCUCUCCUCCCUCAGCCCCGGCAAGCAAACCCCCAAAUCUGCCGCGCUGCGACCGCGAAGGCCCAAAAGGACAUUCUCUUGGUCCUCCAGCAUCGACCGCGACCGCGACCGCGACGAGCAGCGCCUCCUCGCCCGCUCCAAGCAGCAAGAGGCCUACGACCAGCAAUGCCUCUACCGCAUCGCCGCCUCCGUCACGGCCUUUAAAGUGCGCGACCCGGAUCCGCACGCCGUGGACGGGGGCCACGUGCUGGGCCUGCGCUUCGAGGCCAUGACCCGCGGCCAGUUCCUGCAGCCGUACUAUGUGAUGCUGAACCGGCCGUAUGCGGAACACGGCCAGUUUCUGCGCGUGCACCGCCAUACUGUGCCGCCGGCAAUUCCUCUGUCGGGGCUGGCGGCGCGGUAUCUGCCCGGGCCGAAGAAGCAGCAGCAGGAAGAAGCACAGGAGCAGCAAGCAGAACGAGGACCAUCACCCCCUCCGCAUCAUCUCAAGCAGGACCUCGAACGAUUUGUCAAAUCACUCAGGCGAGAAAUCAUGCGCUACCACAACAGACUCGGCGUAUCAGCAGACCUGCGGCGUAGCCUGGGCGCACACAGCAACAGCAGCAGCAACAGCAACAAGACGGCAACGCAAAAUAACGCCAUCAUCGACGUCAGCAUCGCCGACACGGAAGCGAAGCAGAUCCGCCUGACGUGGGCCGACGAGCGCAACGGCCGCCUGGUCAUGGACGACGACGGCAAAGUGGUCAAGUUUGUGGUUUUUGGCGCCGCCGACGGCAGGGACUGGGAGACGACGAGGCAGCUCGGGGACAGCCAGGGGCGGGUCGAGGAGGUUGCCAAGAUGCUGGAAGAGUAUGCGUCGGGGACAUUGUGA